AUGGCCUCUGCUGACGCCGCGACGCCCUGGCAUGCUGCAUACCCUCCUCCACUCAACAAGACGCCCACAGCCAUGACACGCCAAGCGCUAUUAGAGAUGAUGAAGGACAGCAAGAAUAUCGCCGGCAAGAAUUACAUUCUCAUUGAUCUCCGCCGAACAGAUCACGAGGGCGGUACCAUUCGCGGAUCCAUCAAUCUGCCGGCACAGAGCCUCUACCCGACUAUAAAGACGCUGUACAGUCUGUUUAAGGCGGCGGGAGUUCAAAAAAUCAUAUGGUACUGCUCAUCCUCUCGCGGCCGGGGCUCAUGGGCAGCUGGAUGGCUUAAGGACCAUCUCGACGAGCAAGGCGAUAGCCAUAUGGAAAGCGUGAUUCUAUUCGAAGGCAUUACCGGCUGGGCCAAAGCCGGUGGCGAGUUCGUGGAGUGGAUGGAUGAGUACGACGCGACUGUUUGGCAUAGCAAAUAG